AUGGAAGGUGAUGAUUCCCUUGAGAGCAAGUUCCCACCAUGUCGUAAAUUGGAAUUUAUAGAUGACACUCAACAUCAUCACAGCUCUCAAACAAUCAAUGAAGAUACAGACAUUGAGCUUAUUGGUGCAUCAAGUUCAAACAAAGAGACGGAUAUCAAUUCAAUUCAUCCCUCUAUCCCUAAAGAAGAAAUCCCUCAGGUAGGUAUGGAAUUUGACAGUGAAGAAGCAGCUGGUCAAUUUUACUUAGCAUAUGCUAAGAAGGUUGGGUUCGGCACUAGAAAAAGCAAAUUGCAUAAAGACAAAAUUGGUAAAAUAAUUGAUAGGAUAUUUUGUUGUAGUGCCGAAGGCAAACGAGGGGCAGAUAAAAGAGAUGUCAAUGUAAAAAUCCAUCGUCCUGAAACAAGAUUCGGUUGUUUGGCAAAAAUGAAAAUUAGUUGCAGCAAAAGUGAAAAAUAUCGUGUCAUUGAGUUUAUACCAGAACAUAAUCAUUAUCUUUGUAGUCCUCACAAAACACAUUUGUUCAGAGCACAUAGGAGAAUACAUGAAACUCAUGUAAUAGAGAUUGAUAUGGCAAAUAGUGUAGGAAUUGCGCCAAAAGUAUCGCAUGAAUUUAUGGUAAAACAAGCUGGUGGACGGGAUAAUUUGGGCUUUAUUCCUGAAGAUUAUAGGAAUUAUUUACGUUCAAAGAGGACAAGAGAUAUGAAAAUAGGGGAUACUGGAGGAGUGCUUGAAUAUUUACAGGGAAUGCAAUUAGAAAAUCCAAACUUUUUUUAUUCCAUUCAAGUUGAUAAAGAUGAUUUGAUGACUAAUAUAUUUUGGGCUAAUGCUAGGAUGAAAGUUGACUAUGCCGAUUUUGGAGAUGUGGUUUGUUUUGAUACAACUUACAAAAAAAACUGUGAUGGUCGUCCUCUUGCACUCUUUAUUGGUGUGAACCAUCACAAGAAAACUAUUAUUUUUGGUGGUGCACUUUUAUAUGACGAGACAGCUCCGACUUUUGAAUGGUUAUUUGAUGUAUUUGCUAGCACUAUGUCAGGAAAAAAGCCAAAAACCAUUCUGACAGACCAAGAUGCAGCAAUGGCUAAAGCAUUAGCUUCCAGAUGGCCAGAGACACAACAUAGAUUAUGUAUUUGGCACCUUUACCAAAAUGCUGCCAUACAUCUAAGUGGUGUUUUUGAAAAAUUCACAGACUUUGCAGGUGACUUUGGUAAAUGCAUAUACGAUUUCGAAGAAGAGGAUAUUUUUGUGACUGAAUGGGAUAAAAUGCUACAGAGGUAUAAUCUUCAAGAUAAUGAUUAG